AAAUCAUAUCAUAAACCUCUACCAAAUCCAGCCUGCUCCAAUCGGGCAAUACCACAAACAUUUAAUCCUCAUUGCGGUCUGCACUACCGGGCGAGUGUUUGGAGAAGGGAAGAAAGGUGAACAUGGGGCGAAGCGGCGGCGCCGUGGAGGUUGGGGAGCGCGGACGGACACCGGAUCGCCGGUCCUCGGAGGGGGACGGGGAGGAUGAGCAGCAGAAGCAGCAGCGGUCGGAGAUCUACACCUACGAGGCGCCGUGGCACAUCUACGCCAUGAACUGGAGCGUGCGGCGGGACAAGAAGUACCGGCUGGCGAUCGGCAGCCUGCUUGAGGGCUACGGUAACCUGAUGGAGAUCGUGCAGCUGGACGAGGCCACGGGGGAAAUCCGCUCCGACCCGGCCCUCUCAUUCGAGCACCCCUACCCCCCCACCAAGGCCAUGUUCGUCCCCGACCGCGACUGCCUCCGCCCGGACCUCCUCGCCACCUCAGCCGACUUCCUCCGCAUCUGGCGCGUCGCCGACGACUCCUCCCGUGUCGAGCUCCGCGCCCUCCUCAACGGCAACCGCAACUCCGAGUUCUGCGGCCCCCUCACCUCCUUCGACUGGAACGACGCCGAGCCCCGUCGCAUUGGCACCUCCUCCAUCGACACCACCUGCACUGUCUGGGACAUCGACCGCGAGGCCGUCGACACCCAGCUCAUCGCCCACGACAAGGAGGUCUACGACAUCGCCUGGGGCGGCGUUGGCGUCUUCGCUUCCGUUUCCGCCGAUGGCUCCGUCCGCGUCUUCGACCUCCGCGACAAGGAGCACUCUACCAUCAUCUACGAGUCCGCGGAACCCCCCGGUACACCACUCGUCCGCCUCGGAUGGAACAAGCAGGACCCCCGCUACAUGGCCACCAUCAUCAUGGACAGCGCCAAGGUCGUCGUGCUCGACAUCCGCUUUCCUACUUUGCCCGUCGUCGAGCUCCACCGCCACCAGGCCAGCGUCAAUGCCAUCGCCUGGGCUCCCCAUUCCUCGUGCCACAUCUGCACCGCCGGCGACGACUCCCAGGCCCUCAUCUGGGACCUUUCAUCUAUGGGCAGCGACCAGCAGCCUGCUGCCUCCACCGCCGCUGCCGAGGGCGGUCUUGACCCCAUACUGGCCUACACCGCUGGGGCCGAGAUCGAGCAGCUGCAGUGGUCCUCCUCCCAGCCGGACUGGGUGGCCAUUGCCUUCUCCACGAAGCUUCAGAUACUUAGGGUUUGACGGCCUCACCUUCAAUCAGAAAACUAAUCGAAAAAAAAAAUUUUCUGUUAUAUUCAUAAUCAUUAUCAUCCUCGUCUUAUUCGUUAAUGUUUUACUACGCUUGUGGUGACUGAUAACAAUAGGUUUGUCAAAGAAAACUAGAAGGGAAGGUAGGUUUCGCCUUGUAGGUCUACAUGUCUACGAUAGUAGCUACUGAGUUUGUCAUCUGAAAUUGCAUUCUAUUGAGUAGGGACGUCAUUGGCUCCACCUUCAAGGGUUUCUAUUGUUCUCAUGUGCUGAGUAUAUAUUACUUGUUGGUCCUCUAAGAUUGCUGAUCUUGGUCGGAUGUUAUCUUCAUCCUAUCUGAAACUCAUAUUUGUUGCUUU